GGGGCCGCGCCCGGCGGCGCCUUCCUGGACGUGCUGGCGCGCUGCGAGGUGUCGCGGGUGCUGCUGCUGCUCCUGCUGCAGCCGCCGCCCGCCAAGCUGCUGCCCGAGCACGCCCGCACGCUGGAGCAGUACUGCUGGGAGGCGCCCGACGGCGGAGCGGGCGCCGCCAGCGGCAGCGGCACGGGCGGGGCGCUGCCGCCGGCCGCCAGCUACCUGCCGGCCGAGCUGUUCCUGCUGCUGCAGUCGGCCGUGCUGGCGUGCCAGGAGAAGGACGCGGAGGCGCUGAAGGCGCUGCAGGCCGAGCUGUGGCCGCUGCUGAGCGCAGAGCAGAACCAUCUGCUGCACCUGGUGCUGCAGGAGAUGCUGAGCCCCGCCGGACAGGGGCUCUGAGCGCCGCCGCCCGCAGGGACAGCUCGGACUGGUCGCUUCAUCCGGUGCCAGCACAGACUCUAUCCCGUUAUUUAUUUUUAAUACGAGUUCUGUAACGCAGUGGAGUAAUGGUUGAUGAGAGAAUGCGUUCAUCUACACGUUUGCCUUGUGUCACAGUAAACUACUCGCUGUAUGUA